AUGCCCAGCCCAGUGCCGCGAGGCAGCCGGCCGCCCGCUCCCCCAGGCGCAGGAGACGAGACCUCGGAGCUCCAGCGCCGCCCCGCGGGUCCAGGCAGGCCCCGCGCUCCCGGGCGCCUCGAGUCUUCCUUCUCCGUCGAGGCCAUCCUGGCCAGGCCUGCCCGCCGCGCGCCCCCCGCCGCCGCCCCAAUGUCCGGCGUCGCCGCGGACCUCGGCUCGGCUCCCUCCCCGUUUCCCGCGACGUGGCUGCCGGCCUACCUGAGCGUGAGUCUCUACCAGCCGUGCCCCCAGCUGCCCCGGACGGGGCUCCGCGUGGCUCACCUCUACGGCCUCCAGGGCCUCGGCGUCACAGGCUUAGAGUUGGCUCACUGCUCAGGCCUCUGGGGCACUCCAGACUGGGCUCCAGCCGAGGAACUUCAGGACACUGAGAGACCUCAAAAGAGGGUUCGGACCAUGUUUAACUUGAAGCAGCUGGAAGAGUUGGAGAAAGUGUUUACAAAACAGCACAAUCUAGUGGGGAAGAAGAGAGCCCAGCUGGCAGCCCAGCUCAACCUUACGGAGAACCAGGUGAGGGUCUGGUUCCAAAACCGCAGGGUCAAGUAUCAGAAGCAGCAAAGGCUGAAGCUACCAGCUGUGUCUGCCAUGGCUGCCUCCCAGGAUGAGCCCUCCAGCAGCUCUGACAGCAGCAUCCAGAGAGAAGACACUGAGUCAGGAGUGGCCAGCUGAGGACUGGGACAAAGGCUCAACCCAGGCUGUCUGGGCUAGUUCUUCCUGGGGACACCCACGGGAACUUCUGAGCCUUUUUUCUUCAUCUGUAUAAUGGGUGCAUUGACAAUUUACUCUUCCCAGAGCUGACAGGAUGUCUGUAAAGCUGUUACGGGGUGCCAGGCCCAGGGCUAAGUG